CAUAUGACAGGCAGCAGCAGUUCCUCCCAAACACAACAGCCGCUCAUACUGGCUCUGUGCUGAAACACACUAAGCAGCUGAACAAUACUGAACUGUUGGAUUGAGUUCAGUAGCAGACAUGUUGGCACUGUUUAACCGCUUUCUGGACUGGGUGAAGUCCCUGUUUUGGAAGGAGGAGAUGGAGUUAACGUUGGUUGGACUGCAGUAUUCGGGGAAAACUACGUUUGUCAACGUGAUAGCUUCAGGACAGUUCAGUGAAGAUAUGAUUCCUACAGUUGGAUUCAACAUGCGAAAGGUCACAAAAGGCAAUGUCACAAUUAAGAUUUGGGAUAUAGGAGGGCAGCCCAGGUUUAGGAGCAUGUGGGAACGGUACUGUCGAGGAGUAAACGCCAUUGUGUACAUGGUGGAUGCAGCAGACCGAGAGAAGUUUGAAGCCUCUAGGAACGAGCUGCACAAUUUAUUAGACAAACCACAAUUACAGGGAAUCCCUGUAUUGGUUCUUGGUAACAAGAGGGAUCUACCUGAUGCCCUGGAUGAGAAACAGCUUAUUGAAAAAAUGAACUUGGCUGCUAUUCAAGACCGAGAGAUAUGCUGCUACUCGAUUUCCUGCAAAGAGAAAGACAACAUUGACAUCACACUGCAGUGGCUUAUCCAUCACUCAAAAACGCGGAGGAGCUGAAAGCUGUACGUGUUCCUGCUCUGUCUGCUGAUGUUCUUCUCUCACCUGUCCUGCUCACUCUGUAAAACUGUACAGUCGUCCCGUCAUACUAUUUCCACCUUUCUUGUUCCCAAACAUCUCACCCGUGCCAGUAGUAACUCAGAGUCCAUCUUCCAAGUCUGUCGCUUAAAGAUGCUCGCCUGCAGACUCCACUUCCGAGGAGAUCGCUAAAUCUAGAUGCUCAUGUCUUCUCCUGUACACACCACUUAAACGGUUUUGUGGGUUGCACCCUCAAAACAGCCCUGUUUGCAAAAUCGUGGGAAAAUGAAGGCUUUACAUGUGAAGGUCUGCUUCUGCUGCAAUCAACAUCCACCACCCAGUUUUUGUUUCCUUUUUUGCUCUUUUCUUGUUCUUUCCCUGUCCCGCUUUCCUCUCUUUGGCCAAAAUGUUUAUUCCUGAGAAACAAGUAUGUAAUAUUUAACACAAAGAAAUGAUUCAGUAAGUCAGCAGAUCAGCUUGACUGAUGUGUACAAAUGUUGAUUAACAUUUUUACUAAGAUUAGCAGAAAUCUAUUUAAGUGAAUGUAUGAAAGGUUUAGAUGUAGACUUUCCUUUAACUCGGUGAUGUCUUGCUGUCAGUAAAAUGGGAGAAAGAUGGCAAAGUUUAAAGUGCCUUGUGCAGCAGAUCUCUCUCUCUCUCUCUGAAGCUGAACAGUAUGCCUGGUGUGUCCUCUCAGAAUUGGGUGAGUUGAAAAAAGAACCUGUAUGAAAUUGAAAGAAAAUGAAACAAAUAGGCAUGCUUUUAAGAUAGAUUAUUGUAUCAGUGUCAUUAUGAACCCAGUCUUUGCUUUGGUGUAUGUAAAAGGCAAAACGAUUUGAAACCCUACUAUUACCAGUGCACUUUUGUAAAUAUGACCAAUAAAUUCUUGACAUCUAACCAAAA